AAUUUUAUUUACUGCAUAAUUUUUUGAAAAAUUAAAUAAAAUCGUGGAUAUUUUGAAUUUAAACCAUGGCACCACCAGCGGCCAGGCAACGUUACAAUGCCAAUAAACAGGACAACAAUGUGGGUUCUCGAAAACCUCCAAAAAAACUCAAUACUACAACGGCAAAGAAAGAAAACAAAAAAUUGAGCAAUAGUAACAAAAGCCAACAAGAACCAAUUUCAAAUAGUGAGAAAUCGAAUGUAGUGCCAAGUGUCCAUACAGCUUUCAAAACAUUUGUUAGCGCCCGUUUAUGUAGUGCCAUUUGGGCCUAUAUAUCGGACUGUGAUGAAACGUAUAAUUAUUGGGAACCAUUGCACUAUAUUAUAAAUGGUCAUGGCCUGCAGACCUGGGAGUACAGUCCACAAUUCGCAUUAAGAUCUUACACUUAUCUUUUGUUGCAAGGUGUGCCCGGUUGGAUUUAUCAAAAAGUAUUUCACCCUAGUCCAAUAUUGAUUUUUUAUAUGGUACGUUGUAUGCUUGGUUUUGGCAGUGCUGUAAUGGAAAGAUUUAUGUACAAAGCCAUUUGUCAAGAGUUUGGUAUACAUAUUGGCCGUCUAUGGUUAAUAUUUCAGCUUUUCAGUGUUGGCAUGUUUGUUUCUAGUACUGCUCUAUUGCCCUCAUCUUUUGCUAUGUAUUUCGGUUGUUCCGCCUUGGCUGCUUGGUGGACUCAAAAGUAUCCUUUAGCAGUAUUUUUCAUAGCCAUUUCAGCAUUAUUGGGUUGGCCUUUUGCUGGUUUGAUUGGCCUUCCUAUAGCUGUGGAUAUGCUACUACGUAAACGCAUGUUCCGUACUUUCUUUAUGUGGGCCGGUAUCUCGGCUGCUACCAUUGCCAUACCCAUGAUUGUCAUUGAUACUAGCUAUUUUGGAAAAUUCACCUUUGCUCCUUUGAACAUUGUAAUAUAUAACGUGUUUACUAGUCAUGGUCCGAACAUUUUUGGUACAGAACCUUUGAGUUACUAUGUGAUAAAUGGAUUUUUGAAUUUCAAUAUUGUUUGGCUUUUGGCUUUAAUCACACCCAUUAUGUUAAUUAUUGACUACUUUGUGGUGCCAGCCAAAUCAAGUUCAACUUUAAAUUUUCCGCGCUACUUAACCUUAGCUCCAUUUUAUUUAUGGCUUUUAGUAUUUUUCGCCCAACCACAUAAGGAAGAACGUUUUCUGUUUCCAGUCUAUCCGUUGAUAUCUCUGUGUGGCGCUAUUACAGUGGAUAUUUUUCAACGUAUAUUUUUCCGUCUUAAAACUCUGUUCGUGAAAAUCAAAAAUGCCACUUCUAGAGCCCAUUAUUUGGACCACACAAUGUUUAUAGCUAUUUUCAUCAUGAUGAUAAGUACUUUAAUGGGUUUAUCACGUGUAUUUGCACUCUACAGAAACUAUCAUGCUCCCAUGGAUCUAAUGAUGGAAUUAACACAAUUUAAAACCACUCCGCAAUACAGACAAAGCCAAAUAUAUAAUGUUUGCAUUGGCAAAGACUGGUAUCGUUAUCCUGGCAGUUUCUUCUUUCCCGCUCAAAACUUUCGGUUACGUUUUUUGAAAUCAGAAUUUAAUGGAAUGCUACCAGCCUACUACAGCGAAGGAGAAAAUGCUACUCAAAUAGUACAUCCCUAUUUCAAUGAUAUGAAUAAGGCAGAUGAACGCAUGUAUUUCCCCUAUGAAAAUUGUGAUUUUCUAAUAGAUUUCGAUGAAGGAAAAUACACUGAAUUGGAGCCUAGCUACUCAAAGAGAACAAAAGAUUGGUCUAUAAUGAAAAGUUUACCCUUUUUAAUAACAGAAAAAUCGCAUAGAUUUUAUAGAGCAUUUUAUAUACCAUUUUUAACGGAUAAUUACACGAAGUAUGGUAAUUUUAAUCUACUAAAAAGAAAGAAAAUGAAACUUAGUUAGACUUAAGCAAAAUAAAAAUAAAUGGAAUAAUUUACUUAAGUUUUUAUAGGUUUAUAUAUGUAAAGACAGCAUUUAAAGGGCAACGAUUUUUGAAAACCUAUUCUUUUUGCAAUAUUUACAUUGAAUUUCCAGAAAAACGGUAUUUUAGUAGUAAAUAUUUUAAAAUUUGUCCAUUUUACAGAAAUGUAAGCCAAAGAUUGAAUGAAGAAAAAUGGUUUUAAUAAAAUUAAUUACAAUAAA